CCUUUACAUUCUGUGGAUACAACGUUCGAGUAUUCAAGGUCAACGCAGCUUGACCCAAAGUAAUCUUUCCUGACGACUCUUCCGGACACCUGGAACUCCAGCGACGAAUGCGGUUACGGACCUGUUGGACAAGGAUUGCCAAAAGAACCAUGAGGUACUUAGCAGCUAUCACGGUGCUCUUCCUGAUAUUGGCUCUACCGCAUUACGCCUCAGCCUCUCCUGCCGUAACAUCAAGAUUUAAAAGAAGUAUGGACCUAAAUGAGCUCGAGUAUCAUAGAAUUCUACACAGGCUGCCACAGGAAGUCGUGGCUACUAGUUACCACCUAGAACUUCAACCCUUUGUUGGUAACGACAAAUUCAAUGGUCGAGUGAGGAUCAACGUCACUUGGACAGAUACCAGCGAUACAAUUACUUUGAACGCUGAUCCAGAUAUUCACAUCUCAAAGUACAGUGUUAGAAUUACGGAAGCGGCGUCCGAAGAAAGAGAAAAAGGUUUGCCAAUGAUGGAUGUUAACGUGGCGAGGGUUACUCUUCCGGAUUGGCAGAAACCUUGGUACACCAUUCAUCUGGAGCAGAUGCUGAAGAAAGGCAGCAGCUGUGAAGUGGAUAUCAGUUUCGUCGGAAAUCUGACUUCGAAUGUACACUGUGGGCUAUACAGAAAGGAAUACCCGGAUCAUCCUUACGUAGCUACAUACUUCAGACCGAACCGGGCACACCAAGUCUUUCCUUGCAUGGACGAACCUCCUUACAAAGCAACCUUCAAAUUGAGCGUCCUUCGACCAGUGAACAUGACCGCUCUUUCAAACACCCCUCUGGAACUUACCGCAGCAUCGGACAAUCAAAAUUUCGUAUGGGAUCACUUUGAAACGACACCGAAAAUGUCCACCUAUCAGUUAGCUCUGUUGGUGUCCGAUUUUACAAGCAUUUCACCUAACGAGGAAAUUAACGAAAUGGACGGUAGAAGGGUGGAGAUCAAAGUUUGGGCACCAAAAAAACACUUGGAUUCCCUAGAACACGUGCCCGACAAGAUUGUCUGGAUUAUGAACUAUUUACAAGAAUACUUCAAUAGUUCGAUAGUCCUGCCUAAACUCGACAUUGUGGCGCUUCCUUGGCUCCACGAUAAUCCAACUGACAACUGGGGCUUGAUGUUCUUCGGCACCAAUCAUUUGAACAGUCCAUCUAUUUGGACUGUUACAUACGAACUGAUCUAUCAAUGGAUAGGCCAGUACAUCACGCCAUUCAGCUGGAGCGAUGCACCAGUCAGCAAAGCAUUGAACUCGUUUUUGGCUUCGAUGACUACGGUUGACAUCAAUCCAGAUGAAAUGGAAGGAAGAUGGCCAAUGACGAUGCUGUAUUCUUUUUAUUACGAAUUUGGAAAAUAUAAGCCUUUCUCAAAGGCUGCAGGCAUCACGAACGAAGCUACAGCUAGCAAGACCGAACUGGUGUUCCGAAUGUUCAACAUUCUUCUUGGCAAAGAGAUGUUCCGAAAGGGCGUCAGAAAUUUCAUUCGACAAAAUUCAGAAGAGAAUCUACGAACCUUCUUCGCUGACGAUAUCUACAGCCAUUUAAAUGAUAUAGCGAACGAAACAAAUAUUCUUCCGGAAGGUCGGACGGUCAGCAGCAUCGCUGGUCUGUGGAUCACUCGGGACAGGCUGCCAUUGGUCACGGUCAUUCGCGAUUAUGAAACGAAAACAAUGACGCUUAGUCAGAAAGUCAAUCUCAGAGAAGCUCCUCGAGCGGCGACUCCCAAAGUGUCCUACCAAUGGGACAUACCAAUAGUAAUGAUGUCGGAGGAAAAAUUAGAAUUUCACAAACCGUAUCCUUUGUGGUUGCCAAAAGGGUACAAACCAAAGAAUCUCACCGUUCCAGACAUCACCGACGAGGAUCACUUCAUUAUUGUUAAUCCAGAAGAAAUAGGAAUGUUUCCAGUAAAUUACGAUUCAUGCAACUGGAAAAUGUUAAUACAAUAUCUACGGGGUCCAAAUCGCGAAAAGAUUCCAGUUUUAACCAGAGCGAAAUUGCUUCACGACUCUUGGAAUUUAGCAUAUUCUGGAGAACUCUGUUUUGGAAUCGCAUUGAAUAUGACUCUAUUCUUGCAAGAAGAAAGAUGUCACGUAGUUUGGGAACCUAUCUUUAUGAUGAUCGAUCAUAUUGACAGACGUAUCGAAGGAUCUGAGGUGUAUCCCAAAUUUCAGGCAUACAUACGUACCUUGCUGAAGCCUCUGUAUAUGGAACUAAAGGAAAAUGAACAAGCAGGUGAACCAUCUUGGAAGUCUCGUAUGCGAGGAAUGGCGAAAAACUUCCUCUGUCGUGCUGGAUACGAACCUUGCAUUAUCGAAGCAAGAAAUCAGUAUCAAAGAUGGCUAAGGGGCGAAGAUCAAGAUGCAAGAAAUUCAGCCAAUGAUUUCAUUUGUCCAUUGUUGAAAUGGGGCACUGAAGAAGAAUGGGAAUUUGGACUUCAACGUAUCAUGAAUGUUUCCAAGUAUGAAAGGAUGGAUCUAAAAUCUUUAGCUGGCUGUACAAAAGACGCGAAUAAAAUUGAAAGAUUAUUGAACGUGACGAUCCUCGAACAGAAUGAAAAUUUCUCAGACUCAGAUAUUCAGCUAAUCUUUGUAACACUAAGUGGUGGAGCAGCUGGUUACAGAACAUUGUUCAACUUCUUGAUUGACAAUUGGGAUACUGUUAAACAAAGAUUCGAGGAUAAACAUUAUUUGUGGUCCAGCAUCAUAGAAUUGGCCACUUCUACGUACAGUACUCAGCAAGGUGUAGACUUGGUUGAAAAACUGUAUGAAAGCCAUCGUGAUCAUGUCUCUAAAAACCUGCCGAUUCAAAAAGCUUUCACAGCAGACCGAAAACAAUGGACUGAAAAAAAUCUUCCUGUAAUUGAUGCUUGGCUUUCAGAAAAUCUGCCAAAGGAAGAACUAGAAGCUACUCAAAGUAGCACAGCUACAACCAUGGUGAUGCCUGUUAAACAUUUAAACAUUUUGUUAAAUCAUUUGAAGUUAUAAUUCCUCCUUUGUUUAUUUACUGUAGAUGUGUAGCUUCUGCAAAUGUAUAAUUGUUAUGAGAAUGUAUACAUUGUUGUUUUGUUGCAAUGAAAAGUUUUACAAGUCUCUGAAAACACCUUUUCAUCUAAAACAAUAGAAACGUUUGUAUUAGUGUGAUUACUGGUUAAUCUACUAGAGGAUUAAUAAAUAUAACAUUAUAAAUA